CUCUGACAAAAUCGUCGCACAGAAUCUUCUUAUUCCUUUGGCAAGUUAUCACACUACACCAUUUUAUAGGGUUUGUACUCAUUGUAUUCAUCUGUUGCAGUUGCGCCCGUUAUCGUAUAAACUUAUAAGCCAGGUUUUUCAUAAUCCAAGCCGCAUGGAACACGGAGUUGCUGCGAUAGUCUUCAGUCAUCUUUCGGACCAGGGUUGCCAUUCGGAAGCAUGGCUUUUUGCCGAAAAAGAAAGCUUUCCAGGAUAUGUUGCUGAAAGCGAGGAAUGUUUACACGAGCAUAUAAUUAUCUGGCUGUGGUUUAGUGGGCAUGGAAUAUCAGCCAUAAGAUAUGCAACAAAGCAUGGCCUUAAAAAGGUUGUCGAAAACCUUGACGCAACUGGUGUUAAUGUUCUGGCUCCAUAUGCAGUGGAUCAAGGGUUGGCAGCCAUAGUGUAUUGUCUACUGAAGAAAAGAGAUUCUGACUGGAAUGGAAGUCUUUUUGCGCAAAACGCUGACUUCCCGGAAGAUCAAACCGAAGAAAGAUUAGUUUAACCAUUAUUAGGAAUUAGUUUUCAAUUCUCUUGUUUAAUUAUAUAUAUUUAUUUUAUUUUUUUUGCAGUAUGCAUGAGAAGAUACUUACAUGGUUAUGGAGAAACGGGCACAAGGCGUCGGCAACAGCAUACUCCAUACCCCGGGACCUCAGGGCCAAUAUUCAAGCGUUUAUCGUGGAUGAGUUUAACCAUCCCAAUUCAUAUAUUUUGAUCAACAAAAUUUAUAAAUUAUAAAGUUAACUUUUAAACGUUACCAAAAUUCAAUUAAUAUGAUAUAAAAAGGUUGAUUGUGGUUCUGGGUUUUGAAAUUAACAGGUCUUGAUUAGGUGUAAAUAAUUAUAAUAAGCCUUUCACAAAAGUUAUGAAUUUAAAAAAAAAAAAAAAAUCAAAAUUUAAUCUUCAAAUAAAUUAAGACAAAUUUACUAAAGAUGUCUUGAUUGUUGAUCCUAACGAUAUUACUAGUCCCACCAUUCUUGUUGAAAUGAAAGUGUAAAUCUUUUAACAUUAUUUUAGGAAGUUGACUUUAGGGUUGGUGCAUUGCCCUUUACAAGUCCCUUUAAAACUUAUUCUCGGGAGUAGUCAUUUAAUUUUCCAAGUCUAAAGUAUUAUUUUGUUAUGUAUUCAGAUUAAGUACUUUUUGGAGAUACAGAGCAGAGGAGCUUGGAUUUAAGAAGACUUUUUGGGAAUGUAAUAGCUAGUACUUUGACUAUUGUUGUUGUGCUCGUAAACAACCUCGCACCUCCUAAACUUGUUUGAACAUCACUUUUGGGACUUUAAUUUCCGCAUUAAACUUUUGAGAUGAAUUUAAAUGAUUUUAAAGCUAAUAA